UGUCCCACGCGCUGCUGCAGAAGAGCAGGUGCUGCGUCCUUCUCGUCCUCGUCCUCGUCCUGCUCAACCCUUUGUGCCACUGGCCGUGCCCAGAAACAACUCUCACGCCUCUUCAAACAAGGCCCUUCUCGUUGUCAGGGACCGCCGUCCGUGCUUCUACAGCAGGCUCGUGCCCAUCCAGCCACUGCCAGUCCAGCAGUCCACGCCGAUAUGACUCCCCCGCUACAGGACCCGACAACAGGGCCGGCACCGUCCUCCAUGGUGACUGGUGGAGCUGGAUGCCAGGUCAACCACCCACCGUACCCGGCCGUGGCUGUUCAGCAGUGGUCGCCAACUCAGCAGCAAGCCACCACGGCCCUUGGCCCUCGCCCAAAAUGGUCGUCCGGGUGGUACCCCCGGCAAGGGUCGUCGCUCCACCCUCGUUGGGAUGUCCUGCCUGUCCACUGUAAACUUUGACAUCUGCGACCCAUUCAAGUGGUGCAGUCAAGCUGCGGAAGCUCGGAAACAAUGGCGAGCUUGCUUUGCCCGCGUCCAAGCAGAGACGUGCUGUGCUCGACAGCGGCGAUUGCCCGCCUCUAGUCUGUCUGACUGACUGUCUGU